AUGGAGGUGGUCACAGAUGACCUGAAAUAUUUUAAGAGACCUUCUCCCUCUGAUCAAUACCAUAAUCCCUUCAGGGGAAAAGAGGAUGUCAGCAUCUUAAAUAGACAAGAGUCUCAACAGACAACAUACAGAGUUCAGGCUGAUGAUUGGGAUCCCAAGGCUGUCCAUGCACAAUCCCCAUUCAAAAAGGUUACCAGGGGCAUGUCUACCAAGGAAGGGUCUCCAUGCAGAUCUAGUGCAUCAGUGCUUUCCUCAUCUCCUGACAGGGUACAGACUGUCAUGGACAGCCCCCAGGCUUCUCAGCAGCUAGGGGUCCGCCAGGAGUCAUCCCCAGUGCCCCAACCUGAAAACAAGCUGGAAAUUAAGUCAAGCCCUACUGGACCAGAUCUUUCUUCAGGCUACAUCCCAAUUCAAGUUAUCCACAAGGAGGCCGAUUCUCAACCAGGUUCCCAAAAGCCUCCACCUCCUUCCGAGAAGGUUGAAGUAAAGGUCCCUUCUGCUCCAGUUCCCAACCCUUCUGCCCCUCGCUCUUCCAAGAAUGUAGCUGCAGAAGAGAGGCCAACCUGCCCCAUUCCUUCCCCUCCUGAACCAGCACCACCAAUGCCAACCAAUGUGGAAGCAGGCCGCAAACAUCCUGGUGUGAUGGAAGUGGAAGCAAUUCUGGAGAAGGUCCAAGGGCUUGAGCAGGCUGUGAAUUCAUUUGAAGGAAAGAAGACAGACAAAAAAUAUUUGAUGAUUGAAGAGUAUUUGACCAAAGAGCUUCUAGCCUUGGAUUCAGUGGACCCUGAAGGACGUACUGAUGUGCAUCAGGCUAGGAGGGAUGGUGUAAGAAAGGUCCAGCAGAUUCUGGAGAAACUUGAACAGAAAGCUGAAGAUGUCCCAGGUCAAGUUCAAGUUUAUGAACUCCAGCUCAGCUCCCAAGCCAAUGUUAAGCCCCUGCAGGAAACUGUGGAAGUCAAUGCCACAGUAGCAGACAAAAGUAAGAAGAGUAUGAGGAAUGAAAAGGCCAGAAGGGAUUCCAAAAUAGAAAUACAGCAGCCCCAAACCAAAGAGGUAGCAGAUGCCAAUACGAGCACAAACACAUUGCAUAAUCCAGCAGAUUAUACAACUCAACAACAAAUCUUCGAAUAG